CAAACACCUUCAGGCAAAUUUCCUUUCAGGAGCACAACUACCUCCCCCAAGAGGGGAGUGGUUUCAGGUGGAAGCUGGGAGGAGGAAAGAUUGCAACACAAAAGAGCAAAGGAAUAUGGGAGGGAGAAGAAGUUAAUCUGACCAUGAGAAUCUCCCUGUUCUACACCCAGAAGUGACGGGUGCUGCCGCACCUUCCCACGGGGCCCGGGCAGGGAGUGCUGACUGCAGCACUAACAGCACUCAGCUUGCCUUGCGGGCCAAGCUGGGAGGAAGGAAUUUGCCUUGCUGUGCCGGGAAGACUUCGAGAAACCCACCUUCCACCCGGUUUUCGAGAACCUGAAGGGGAUUUCUGCCGGCACGUGUUGGACGGGCGUCCCCGAUGCGCGGCCGCGCCUGGGCGGGUGCUGUGCUCGUCCUUGGGGCGCAGCUCCCAGCACUUUGGCUGGCAGCAGCAGUGGAAGUUUACACUUCCGAGGAGGUGGUUGCUGUGAACGGCACAAACCAGCGGCUGAAAUGCACCUUCUCCAGCAGCAGCCCCGUCAGCCCCCAGCUCUCCGUGACCUGGAACUUCCAGCCCGAGGACCUGAGCUCCCACGAGCCGGUGUUUUACUACCUGAAGGAGCCCUAUAACCCGCCCUCGGGGCGGUUCAAGGACCGGGUCACCUGGGAUGGGAAUGUGGAGCGUAACGACGUGUCCAUCGUCAUCUGGAACCUGCAGCCCAGCGACAACGGCACCUUCACCUGCCAGGUGACAAACUGGCCAGAUGUUUAUGGCUCCAUUGGGCAGGUGCGGCUCCGGGUUGUGCAGAAAGUGAGUUUCUCAGAAAUCCAUUUCCUGGCCGUGGCCAUCGGAUCCGCUUCUGUCCUGAUGAUCAUCGUGGUGAUGGUUGUGAUCAUCUGCCGACAGCGUCGCCAGAAAGCGCAUCAGAAGAGGGCUGAGGUGUCAGACACUGAGCUUAAAGAAAAGGAGAGCCUGAAGAUGAGAGAAGAAAUGGAAGCCAGUCCAUUAGAAGACUAAAGGUCUAAUUGGUGUGUACAAUGCAGGUACUUCCAAAGCAGACGGUGAAAGCUUGUAAUUUGGGAUGUUGGAACAAAGCUGAGUUACAGCG